UAUUUCCUACUCUCAUCCUGCCUCCUUGACCUGUCCGUCUUCCCUGGACUGACCUAUCUCCUCCCUACCUCCCCAUCUAUACUGUCCACCUAUCUUCUUUUCUCCAUCUUCGGUCCGCCUCCCCCUCUCUCCCUAUUUAUUCCAGAACCCUCACCCCAUCCCCAUCUCUGAUGAAGGGUCUAGGGCCGAAACGUCAGCUUUUGUGCUCCUGAGAUACUGUUUGGCCUGCUGUGUUCAUCCAGCUCCACAUUUUGUUAUCUUGGAUUCUCCAGCAUCUACAGUUCUCAUUAUCUCAUGUAAUCAAUAUUAUUGUGAAUGCCUAUCUGGUUGACUGUUGUCCUUUGGCCAAGGAAGACCUGACCUGGUCCGCCAAUACGCGGUUCCUGACCUGGAGCAAUGUGGUUGACGCUUUUUUAACUGCCCGCCGGGCAUUUAGGGAGGGGCAAUAGAUUGCCGGUCUCGCCAGAAAUGACCACAUUCCUAUGAGCGACUGAAGAAAGCUUCCCAGCUUGAAGUUGAAGCGAUAUUUGCGCAGCAUAGCCUCUUGGGGGAGCUUUUGGACAACUAUCUGGUUAAUGAACGUUGUGUCACGGUGAUCUUGAGGUUUGAAGACCAGUGCGCAUUGAGAGGAAAUGUGACCCCCUUUACCUUCGAAAUUGUUAUAUAUGGCGAUCUGUUUAGAGUUGGAAGACGUGUUUUUGUUUGAAAUCCAAAAAAAAGUGUUGUUACGCGCUCGCAUCGUAACGACGGGAAGAAAACUCCCAUUGAACAAACAUCUGUUAAUGUGGAAAGAUGUUAUAAAAAUGUUCACAAAGACGUAGUCAGCUAAAUAUUGAUGGCAAGCCAAAGUAGGAAAUGUUAGCCAGGGUAAACAAAAAGCUAAGUUGCAUAGGAGGGUCUUAAAGGGGCGUUUCACAGAUGAAAUCCCCAGAAUUUGGGGCCCAGGCGAGGAGAAAGGCACAACAGCUCUGUUUGCAGUUGUCUCGCACAAUUGUUGGGUUAAUGCAGAUUGCAGUUAGGGCAACGAAAGGUCAUGGGAAGAUAUGAAAACAAGGAUGACGCAGCUACUUAAUAUAUCUAGACGUUUACGUCACUGGAUUAAAUUGUAUCCGGUUACAAACCGGGCAGUGUGACCAAAAAGCCAACACUUUGGAGGUGGGGCAAAGACGCCACAACACGGUGUGAAAGGAUGGAAGAUAUGGCCAGUCACGGCUGCUAUUUGCUUAUCCUCGGCAUAUUGAUUGGGAUGUUGCUUCAGCCGACUCAGUCCAGUGGUUGGAAUACAGUGCCACGCAAAACAGUGCGCCAUAGUGCUCUAAAGGAGGUGAAACGCUUCUCCAAACCCAAUGUCUACAAUUACACCACCCUGCGACUAGAUGAAGAUGAACAGAUUCUGUAUGUUGGUGCCAGAGAGGCAGUCUUUGCACUUUUAGUGCAUGACGUGACCAAGGAGGUGAAAGAAACGAUUGUCUGGGAUGCCCCAGUUGAGAAGAAAACGGAAUGUGUUCAGAAGGGGAAAAAUAAUCAGACUGACUGCUUCAAUUACAUUCGUUUCCUGCAGAACUUCAACAGUACUCACUUGUAUGUCUGUGGGACCUAUGCUUUUCAGCCGAGAUGCACAUAUAUUGAAGUGCGAAAUUUCACUUUAAACCAAGUGGCCAUGGAGGAUGGGAAAGGCAAGUGCCCUUAUGACCCUGCAAAAAGUCACACUGGUCUGAUUGUGGAUGGGGAGUUAUAUUCCGCAACACUGAACAACUUCCUUGGCACAGAACCAGUGAUUCUGCGGAAUUUGGGGCAUCACUACUCAAUGAAGACGGAAUAUCUUGCUUCCUGGCUCAAUGAACCAAACUUUGUUGGCUCUGCGUACAUCCAAGAAAGUGCCAACAGUGAGAUGGGGGACGAUGACAAGAUCUAUUUUUUCUUCAGUGAGAGAGCUGUUGAGUACGACUGUUACAAGGAGCAGGUGGUGGCCAGAGUUGCUCGUGUGUGCAAGGGUGACAUGGGUGGGGCUAGAACUCUUCAGAAAAAAUGGACCACGUUCCUGAAGGCCCGCUUGUUGUGCUCAGUCCCAGAACUACAGCUUCACUUCAACAAGAUCCAGACUGCUUACACACUGAAUGAUGUUACCUGGCAGAAGACUAUGUUCUUUGGUAUCUUCCAGGCACAGUGGGCUGAUGUGGUUGUGUCUGCUAUCUGCCAGUACAAGAUUGAAGACAUUCAACGUGCCUUCGAUGGACCCUUCAAAGAGUACCGGGACCAGGCACAGAAAUGGGGCCGGUACUCUGAUAAAGUGCCGAGUCCCCGGCCUGGAGCUUGCAUCACAAACAACCAUAGAGUGCUUGGCUAUAAUAGUUCACUCGAACUGCCUGACAACACGCUCAACUUUGCGAAGAAACAUCCACUGAUGGAUGACCUUGUGCAGCCUGUUGGCUACCGGCCUCUACUCAUCCAGAAAAACAUCAACUACACACAGAUUGUGGUGGACCGGGCAGUGGCUGCAAACGGGAAUCAGUACACAACCCUCUUCAUUGGGACAGGAGCAGGAUGGCUGCACAAGGCUGUGAUGAUUGGCUCCCACUUGCACAUUAUUGAAGAGCUCCAGCUAUUUGUGGACCCUCAGCCAAUUGAAACCUUAGCCAUCUCCAAGAAGAAAAAAUUCCUGUUCGCUGGAUCUCGCAGUCAGGUCGUUCAGGUGCCAUUUGCAGACUGUGAGAAAUACCAAACCUGUGUGGAUUGUAUCCUGGCAAGGGAUCCAUAUUGUGCCUGGACAAAGUGGGGAUGCACAAGGUUUGAUGAAUCAUCUGGAUUUCUUGAUGUGGAACAGGAUGUUGACUUUGCAGAUGUCAGAAUGUGCCAUGACACUCCAGGUGUACUGAAGAUCAAGAACCUGACUGUUGCUGCUGGUACCAGCAUUCUCCUGCCAUGCCAACUCAUCUCCAACCUGGCUGUGCCCAAGUGGAAAUUCCAACAGCAGGAUUUGGGUCAAAUACCUCAUGGCAACUAUGAAAUUCAGUCUAAAUCUUUGUUAAUAUCAGAUGUACAGGUACAACAGAGUGGCAUUUACUUGUGUUUCUCUGAUGAGAAACAUGAGCCCCUUUUGGUGGGAAAAUACUUGCUGAAUGUUGUUUCCAAUCCUGCCACGGCACUGGAAAGCAGAGCGGCGGUUAACAAUCUUGGAUUGGUCUGGCUCUGUGCGUUUGUCUUGGGAGUGGUCUGCAUCUGCUUGCUGGGAGUAGUUAUCUAUCUGAACCGAAAGCUCAGGGCGCGGCUGGAAAAAACAGAGGUGACAAAGGAAGUAGACUGUGUUAAUGCCUACCCCACUGACUGCAUCCUGUCCAAAGAGGUGCCCAAGGGUACAAAGUUCAUUCCCAGCCAGACAUCAAGCUCCGAUGAGAAGCUGUGGGAGUCACCUUCAUACUAUUACUCUGAUGGCUCCCUGAAAAUUGUACCUGGCCAUGCCUUGAGUCCGAAUGGUAGCUCGCCAUCUCACAAUGGUACUGCUAAUGGUAUUCCUGGGCAGCCCCUGCCCACAGCUGUUCAGUCUCCCACCCGGCUCAACCUAGCCAACAUCCGUGGCGCAAACACGAAUGGCUACAUUCGGCUGCAGCUUGGGGAAGAUGCAGUGGACCCAUUCUCUGAAGAGUUACGGAAGAAGCUGAAACAGCGUCAAAUGUUGCCUGAUGCGAACCCAGAGGAGUCCUCAGUGUGAGUGAUGGUUGGCUCUCCACAUGGCAUAAGGCUACCUCACCUUUUGUGUAAAUAGGACAAAUGAGAAACACACACUGAAUUAUAAACUCAAUGGAGACUAUGUAUAUAUUCCACAAGAUACCACACCUGCUUUUAAAAAUGAAGAUUUCAAAUUUUGAACUUCACAAAUUCCCAAAACCUAAUACAGUUAACUUAGCACAGAAUGUCUAUAUACACUGUACUGACCAUGUUUAUCACCAGACUUGGUGUGAAACUGUGAACAGGAUGAGAGGCUCCCAACUGAUGGUCUGUUUCCUGCCUUGUGGUGAUUGCUGUGAUUCGCGGUGGCUGCUGCAUUGCCAUUUGAAUGCAAGAGUGGACCAGAAGUUGCUGCAGUGGAGCCAACAGAAGAUUCUUGGUGUCAAAGUUCCAAGAUGGGCACCUUGGGCCUAAAUGGUCAUUGUACCAAAACCAUAGCUUGUGUUGCUGAUACAAAUACUGUCAUGUUAGACCCCACAAGAAGCCUAUUGGCUCUGGUUUUGGAAUGAACUGUGCAAUCUGUUGGGCAAGUAUUCUCUGAUCGUGACUGUUUCUUCUUGAUGUUUACUGCUGGUUGGUGUGCUCAAAUUGUCCAGAUCACCUGCUCCUGAUGGUUAUCAUCAGUGACGAGAAUAACUAGUAUGUACCCAUGGCUUGAUGAUAGAGGUAGGAGUGUGACCUUUGGGUUCAGGCUGCAGUGUCUCAGUUUCAUGUUAGAGUCGGGGUGGUUUCUGUGUAAAGUGUGCUAUGAGUUUUGGGAAGUACUCAAUCAGCAAGUUUGGAUGGUUUCUGUACAAAUGUAUGUCCAGGAUACAACCAAAUCAGAUGUGUUUUUGAAAGUACACAUUUGAUGGACAUAGAAUCCUUGGCACUCGGGGUUUCAGUGCCAGAUUAGUGUCUGUUAGAACGUGACUAAGACGUGGAGUUUUAAUUGGCUGUGUACAGAAUGGGAUAGAUGAGCAGCAUAAUUCAAUGUUUGAUGAUGUCUGCUUGUUUGUUAAGUGGGCAAUGCAGGAAUUUGUUGAAGAUGUCAGCAAAGUGAUUCCUUAGUUUAUGGGAUGUAUAAUGAGAUGUUUGACAAGGACGGAUAUGAAAUCGAGGUGAGGAUUGUUGGACAUGUCUUGUGUGCAGUGUUCUUGUUAUCUGUGAAUAAGGCUACAGCUGUGAACACAUCACUAAGACUGUGUUCCAUGAGUGAGGCAGUGUUUCAUACACUGGAUCAGACUGAUGUCUGAGAAAAACCUAGAAUGUAGUUGAAGGCAGAGUGAGUUUAGUGCAGAUUGGGCACAAAACAGCUGAUAGCUUUGACCGGAAACAUUGUUUGUUUGAGUACGUGUAUGUUGGUCAGAAGGUGGAAGAGGAAUUCAGUCAAGACCUCCUGAAUUCGGCUCCCUGAAGAAUUGCUGCACAGAAUAAAUCCUAUGCCCUUGUUCAGUUGUCCAGCAGGGAAGGAAGCAUGAGGAUAAAGUUGAUGUGUUGGCACCAAAAGGUGUUCAGUUGUUUUGCAGUUGGUAUUCUACUCUAAAAUGUAACUUAUUGAACUCAGCAUGUAAUUUAAGUAUUGUACAGUCCAAAAUAUUUAAAAUAUUUUUAUAUCAAUCAAUUUCAAAAGGAUUAAAGUUAAGUGAAUCA